AUGAAUUUCUUCGAAUGUGAUAGUAGCAUUGAAGAAAGAUGCAGUAGCAGCGAACGAAGCAGUGAGUUUGAACGAACACAUUACCCAGACGUCUUUGCGCGAGAGAGACUGGCACAGAAGAUUGACCUACCGGAAGCAAGAAUACAGGUGUGGUUCUCCAACCGCCGUGCAAAAUGGCGUCGAGAGGAGAAGUUACGUAAUCAGAGGAGACAGCAGGCCGAGGUGGGUGGGGUCCAUACACAGUCUUCCAGUCAUCUACCGUUAAGUAGUGGUUAUAGUAGCAACAAUGUCAGUGUUUAUCAGCCAAUCCCACAACCCUCCGCCGCUACCAUGGUACCACGAACCGCACCAGACACAUACAGUGCCAUCCCUCCCAUGCCCAGUUUCUCGAUGGCUUCGGGUCCAAAUAUCGGUAUGCAGCCCCGAGAAACCAGCUCUUACACGAGAAUGUUACAUCAACCAAGCCAUGGAUACGACUCACUCUACUCGGCCCCACCUAACCACCAUACUAUGACGUCACAUGGCCACGCCCCCACCCAUCAUGCAAUGCACCAGCCUCAUAUGAACAGCGCUUGCAAUAACGGUUUGAUCUCACCUGGCGUGUCCGUACCGGUACAGGUGCCUGGCUCUUCUCCCGAUACCCACCCGUCUCACCAGUACUGGCCACGCAUCCAGUAGUCCUGAAAAAACUAGUACCACUCUCCCGAACCACAAGAUAGGGGGAGGAAUAAAAACUCUCGGAAAUAUCGCCAUCGUCGGUCAAAAUGAUACUGAUGCACAAUCGGAUUUGCAGGGUACUUGUAUAGCACAAAAUAUUGUAACAGUAUUUUACAAUGGGUUUUCAUCGUAUACAAUUAUUAAAACAGACAUAUACUAGUCCUUUUUCAGAAGCGGGCUGUUUAAGUCUGAUUCUGAUUUAACUUUUCAGAUUCUGCACUGCCCCUCUACCUCUUAUGUAAUGGUUGUUAUCGGCAACGAUCUGAAAUGCAUGAGUCUUGCCCUACAUAUAUUUUUUUUAAUAAAUGGUACCUGCAUUCAACUUUCAAAAUGAAAAGAUCAUAAAUAUUAAACAAUGACCUUAUUAAUCAUGAUUGAUUAGCCAGAAAAGAAGUCACAUCUGAAAAAAAUAAUGAAAAGAUUCAAAAGAUUUGGGAUAAAAAUAUGUAUAUAACUUUUCUUAUUCACCUUUCAGCGAUGUCAUGGGACAUUGCUGAUGAGAAGAACUAGGCAAGCAGCUGUAAUAAUUUCACACAGAAAAUAAUAUAUUUGCUUCAAAAAGUGAAUUGCAUUUGAGAAUGAAAAUUCACCCAGAGAAGAAAAUAAAAUAUAUUUCGAUAGUAUUAUAGUAUAUUUGAAACUCAACUUCUUGGCCAAGUAAAACCACUUUGUCACGAUUUAAGUCUUAAAUCAUCAACUGCAUUCACAUAAGAAACUGUGUGUUUGAUUACACUGUAUCGUCUUUGAUAUAAUGCAUUGUAAGUAAUUAGUAGCGUAUAUAUAUCUCUUUAGCUUUCCAUAUGCUUUCUUUCAAUCUUAAACUGUCUGCAUUUGAUUGGUCAGAUUUAACCCAUUGCACUAACGUACAUAAGGCUUGGUCAGUUUUUCAAAAUACUUUCAUUUCAACGUUGAAUAUGAUAGCGCCACAAAAACGGAUUAUAAUUAAACAGAGAUCAGAAAACUGGAUGACUAAACACGUUAUUUCUCUCAUUCGAGAGAGAAAUAUGGCUUCUAAAAAAAUGUAGAAAAAUUUAAGCGAUAAGGAUUAUGACACGCUCACUAAGAGCUACAGUCAGACCAGCAAAACCUAGUACAGUCGACAAAAGAUAUUACGUUAUUACCAAUGACAAACCAUCGGACGUUUUGGAAUUGGUUUUGUUGGUGUGGAUGGGGUAUAAGACCGCACAUUAAUUUAGUAUCCGUUUGUAACUCGGUCACCAAACUAGAGCAACACUGCAAAGUUUUGAACGCCCUCUACGUUCGUUGUCAGUCGCACAGUUUGGGACCGUCGCAGAAAGCGUUGUAUUCAAAUGAGACUCAAAAAAUCAUGCGCAAGUCUCGACCCAUUUUGAUUGGUUGAAAAGGGGUUACGUUCGAUAUCAAUCAAACUUGCGUUUGAUUGCAACGCUUUCUGCAAUUGGCGCCUGAUCAUUUUAAUCAUAUAGUUAAAAGGCGUCAAUUUCCUCCAAACUUAAAUGAAAAGGGAAAUGUUAUACCAGUACGAAAUGAAUUUCAAUGAAAAUUCCGUCAAAAUAUUGCAGUGAAUUUAUAAAACCUAGCAUUUCAUAGAAGUGUGUACAAAUAUUUCUAUUAAGUCUGGACUUGAACCAGGGUUAAAUAAUGAGAUUAUUAAGUUAAAAUAUUAAGCAAAGCACCUAUUACGAAUCAAGUAAGCCUUAAGAAUGACAUACCCUAUGUUGUGACCGGUAUGUUAAAUCAUGAUAAAGUACUCACCUUAAUGAAAAAUUAUAAAUAUUUAGCAUAUUUAUAUAAUCACGAUUUAUUUAUCACAUUUAAAGCGUAGCUUUUAUCAUCUGCUUUGAAUCUUUUCUUGCGGGAGAUUUUCCGACAGUUAGCCGGAGAAGAGAGCAUAGAUUUUAUACUCUAUAAUUAAUUUUGCUUUUUAAUAUGAAAUUCGAAGUUUUCCACAGUAUUGAAAACUUAUAGUCAGAACAUGCUUCGAUUUAGACGUGAACUACGCAAUACUUUAGACUUUGAUUAUACAAAUUAUUUUUAUUUCUACCUCUGUGAAUAACUAUUUGAUUUUAUGCAUCAGUGCACUUUUUAUGACGUCAUGUGUUCCACUUUUUUUCUGUGAUAAUACACAAGAUUUUAAUCUAUGAACUAGAAACAAUUUUUCUCUUUUCAUUUUCAUGACAAGUCCCAUUUAAAAGGGAAUAUUGUCCUUGAAUUUUUUUUUCGCUGACAAUGAAACAUAUUCAUUGAAGUGCUCGGCACAUAACUUUUCUUCUAAUUUGCACCAUGGAAUAUUACGGAAAUAUGCUUUGGAAAUCAACGAAAUGAAUGUCUAUAUUUUAAUACACUCUAAUUCGGAUAAAUCCGUUUGUUUAGGUCCGGUGCGUUCUUUCGAGCCGGUUUGAUUUAAAUUUAUUCGAUAAAACGAUCUUAUACAGUUCUUUAAAAGAAAGGUCACAAGUAUUUUCAUCAACAUCAAGACUAUUCCAUUACCUAAUUACUUUGCGGUCCGAGUCAAUGUGACAUUCAAUUAUUGUCGCAAAAAAACCUUUUCAAUCGCCAUAAUGAGAUAAUAUUUGUAAUCAUCCUUUAAUAUAUAUUU